GAGCCCUGUGCCCGCGGGAAGCUGGUGACAAUGUUCAUCUUGUGUGUGUUGGUGACCGGGGUGUCUGCCCUCACCACCUCAUCACCGGUGCACACAGAAAGGGCUUCCGUGUCCCCCCGCACGCCAGAGGAGCACACAGUGCUUGGGGACAACUGUCGAUUCCGUGGCAGAGAGUUGAAAUCUGAAUUCAGGCUGGAAGGAGAGCCCGUAGCUCUGAGGUGCCCUCUGACUCGUUCAGAAGCCUCUGCCAGUUCUUCCCCACUUCUGACCUGGCGGAAACAGAGCUCCUCUCAGCUGAUCCCAGGAGAUGAGCCCAGGAUGUGGGUGAAGGGCGCCACCCUUUGGGUAGUGCCCGCUGUGCAGCAGGACUCUGGGAUCUACAUUUGCACAUUCAGAAAUGCAUCUCACUGUGAGGAAAUGUCCAUGGAACUCAAGGUUUUUAAGAACACUGACGCAUCUCUGCCACUUAUCUCCUACUUGCAAAUCUCAGCUGUCUCAACCACGGGGCUGCUAGUGUGCCCUGACCUGAAAGAAUUCAUCCCCAACAGAGCUGAUGGAAAGGUGCAGUGGUAUAAGGGCUCUGUCCUCCUGGAUAGAGACAGCAAGAAAUUUCUAAGAGCGGGAGACCCCACACGCUUACUGAUAUCCAACACAUCCAUGGCAGAUGCGGGCUAUUACAGAUGUGUUGCGACAUUUAUCCACGAGGGCAAGGAAUACAACAUCACUAGGAACAUUGAAUUCCGUGUCAAAGAAACACCCACGGAAACCAUCCCUGUGAUUAUUUCUCCCCUAGAGACAAUACCAGCAUCUCUGGGGUCAACACUGAUAGUCCCGUGCAAGGUGUUUCUGGGGACGGAUACAUCUUUCAGCACCAUUGUAUGGUGGAUGGCUAACAACACUUUUAUCUCGGUGGCCUACCCAAGUGGCCGUGUGACUGAGGGACUGCACCAACAAUAUUCAGAGAAUGGUGAUAGCUACGUGGAGGUGUCACUGAUUUUCGACCCGGUCACGAAGGAGGAUCUGAACACAGAUUUCAAAUGCGUUGCCAGGAAUCCGUGGAGUAUUCAGUCACUCCAUACCACAGUCAAGGAAGUGUCCUCCGCGUUCUCCUGGGGUGUCGCUCUGACACCCUUGCCGCUGCUCUUCCUGGCUGUGGGAGGAAUAUGCAUGCACAGAUGGUGUAAACAGAGGGCUGCAAAGACUUAUGGACUGACCAAGCUGCCGACUGACAACCAGGACUUCCCUUCUAGCCCAAACCAAAUAAAGGAGAUGAAAUAACGUAAGGCUGA